AUUUAAAUCACAUUAGGCUGAUAUGGUAGCUAUUUACGUCACGAUAUUCACGAAACAUUCUUAGGGACAAGUUCAAACUCCUGAUGAUGUCUUUGUCACGUUCAUUGUUAACGGUUUUAUUAUAUCUAUUGCCUGUGAUUUCGUUCGUCGCUGUUCCAGUUCCACCUAGAUUGACUAACUGAAUGCCAGCGGUAUAUUCUAAACCAUGCUUGUGUCAACAAGAUACAACGGCAUUUGACUCACAUGAAGCUAUGUUUGAUUUUACAAGAAAAACGACGAAAUUCUUUCCAGAUAUAUAUAAAUAUUCAUGACCUAACUUUCUUUCCUAGGCUCUUAUAUUUCCAAUUUUAUUCUUAUUAUUAAUUACUAUUAUGGAACACGAAAUGUACUACUACUAUGCUAUAAAUAAUUGGCAGCCGGAGGUACAUCUCCUGCUGAGGCAAAGGUGUCGAGUCCUGUUUGUCAAAAGAGCUGCUACGUUUACCUUGCGAUGCACUUAUGGCAUCAGGCGCGUAGGUGCGACGAAUGUCGCGACGAUUACGGGUGAAAAUUAUGGCAUCUGUCAAAUGAAAGUGCGGAGUCAUCGUUCCAGUAAGAGUUGCCUCCUUACACGCCAUCUCCUACCUGAAAAUAGCGACAGCGACAGGUCGACCGAUCGGCCGGCCGUUUGAUCGGGGAAAGCCUUGAAAACCAACUGUCCUGCGCACUUCUCGGGCUCGGAUUGUACCCUGGACUCCGGGGAGCAGGCACCACUCCUACGUUGCCUGCUUUUCGGCUUGCUAGGAUCAUAUCGUACCGUAACCUGAGGAGCGGCAACCGCGAGGACGAUCGGCCGCUAUGCUUCAGCAAAAUGGUUCUGCAAAAAGAAGAACUCGAGCAAAAACAUCUUCAUCUGGUACAAAUCGUCGAAAGUGAAAAGACAGCAAAAUGGCAAUAUACACAACAAUGCGAAGAACUAACCGUCGAGAUCAAAAAGCUUCGCACCGAGUUGUGCACGUUAAAGAAGGAAUGGCGUCUGACUCCGUCGCGGCCCAUGCUUCUAGCCAGCGAUGGAACGUCCACACUGCCUACGAGCGAGGAAAGUGAAGAAAUUAAGAAGAUUAAAAAAGUACAGAGUUUUUUCCGGGGAUGGCUAUGUCGGCGACGUUGGAAACAGAUUGUUGCUGAAUACAUCAGCUCGCCGCACGCCGAAAAUAUGCGCAAACGAAACUCACUUGUCUUCAGAAUGGUGGAAUCGGAAGAGGAUUACGUUGAACGACUGCAGCUACUCGUAUCCUGCUUUCUAAGACCGUUCAAGAUGGCGGCCAGUUCCCAAAAGCCUCCCUGUACUCACGACGAGGUCAGCUCGAUCUUCCUCAACAGUGAGACGCUGAUGUUCCUACACCAGAUUUUCUUGAAGGGCCUGACAGCCCGGAUGGAAAGCUGGCCUACACUGGUCCUUGGGACAGGAGACCUUUUCGACAUGCUGCUCCCGAUGCUAUCCAUCUACCAGGAAUACGUGCGAAACCAUCACUUUUCGCUGCAGGUACUCGCUGAAUGUAAACAACGAGAUAAAUUCGCCAAUAUCCUGCAACGACUCGAAGAGAAAACUGUACUUCAGGGCAGAACGCUAGAGACCUUUCUCACGUAUCCCAUGCAUCAGGUCCCGCGAUAUAUCAUCACACUUCAUGAGCUUCUGGCACAUACGCCCCACAACCACGUUGAGAGGCGAAGCCUUGAAAACGCUCGCGCCAAAUUAGAAGAGCUUUCCCGGCAAAUGCACGACGAAGUAAGCGAGACAGAGAAUAUUCGAAAGAAUCUCGCCAUCGAACGAAUGAUAAUUGGAGGAUGCGAUAUACUCCUCGACGUUAACCAGGUGUUUAUUCGUCAGGGCAAUGUGAUUCAGGCGGCGGCAGUAGACAAGUCGCGGCGCGCCCGCAUCGUCUCGAAGGGAAGCGAUCAGGUUCGCCAGUGUUACCUCUUUACCAAUCACAUGCUGCUAUGCAACAGGACAUCCGCCGGCAAGCUACACCUCAUAGAAGGCAUAGGCAAAAUACCCUUGGCAGACGCGACGCUCAUCGAGGAUCCGAAUGAGCAGUUUCAGUUUAUGAUUGACGAUGGAGAAGGGUCCAUCUGCUCAUCGAUGAGCAAUUGUGAUAGUCAACUAAAUUUAAACCAGAACAACCAGGCAUCUUCUAACGGCCAGGAGAAAGACUACGGAGGUUUAGACUUCAAAAUAAUCGUCGAUUUCAAAACAGGCCCUCCAAUUACGAUCCAUUUGGUAGCACCGACCAUGCAGGAGAAGGCUGCCUGGACCUCAGAUAUCUCCCAGUGCAUUGACAAUGUGCACUUUAACGAUCUGUUCCACGGAACCCUGAGCGACGCGUCCUCGAUCACGAUGCCUCACUCGAUAAGGAACGAUUCCCGCCUGUUCAAGGACGAUGUAGACAUCCGCUUCAGUCGAACCCUCAACUCCUGCAAGCUCCCUCAGAUCAGAUACGCCAGUCCAGAACGGCUGUUUGAGAGACUCACCGACCUACGUUUCCUAUCGAUUGACUUCCUCAAUACGUUCUUGCUCACAUACCGAGUCUUUACCGACGGCGUUAAAGUGCUCGAGGCACUUAAAAAGGUGCACUACCAACCAGAACUUCAGAACAAUGACGACGCCGCCGGUCUGCUAGGCGAGGGUCCGCCACACGGCGUCAUGCCUGGCUCCGGAGAUCCCGACAUUCAUAUGAGAUUAGCCAGCAUGCUCGUGGUCGAUUAUGAUUACUCUCGUCGAGUGAGCUCGGCCAGCAUGAACAGCGAGUGCGGGGGCGACAGCAAUAUGGCGGCCGGCCCCGGGGGCCACGAUAUGCACCGGGGCUCGACUGUUUCCGCCAGCGACCUCAUCGCGAACACUUCCAAGAUCACAACGACGCACACUGCCGCCGCUACACCUGGAUCCACCGAAUGGCUCUAUACGAAAGGACAAUCUCAUUGGAGGUUGAGUCAUAGAAGGCUGGAAGAGGGUGACUCACCCUCCAAGCGACGAAUGGCCGAUACGCUGGCUGACAAGCCCAUCGACGAGGCCGGCGAGGAAAACGCGUCCACCUCCAAAGACAUUCAAGCUUGUGGUAUGGACCACCAUCUUGACCAGCAGCACGGUCAACGGCAACAAGGAAACUCUAGGCGAUCGUCUACAGUACCGUCCUCAGAACGGGAGAAUCUCCACGCGCCGAUUGCUGUCAGCGAAUCACUCAGUGAUACCGCGUCGAUUGUAGAGCAAUCCACGCCUACCGCAGAUGGCGAUGCAAAUGGAAGGAACUGCAUCGUCAUCAGAAAUGCAGACGACGUGGAUGAAUCGAGUAACAACCAAAUCGGCCAAGGACUCACCCAUGCCGGUGUAACUUUAAUGGCAGGUUCGAUCUCUGCAGCUGGUACGACCGUUGCAUCGGGUAGUCAAGCGCCAGCAAACGUUAGUGGGCUUACCAACGGCAGCCAGACGGCAUCGAGUGUUCAUGCGACGCCAUCGAGGGUGGCUCGCGUUAUAAAUCCAGUGACAUGUAGCCAGUCUUCUCCGAACGUUAUGAGUUACCUUAGAGUUCGAGGUGCACAAGGCAAGCGCGGAAGCUACGACACGGAAUCGAGCUCGACAAGCCAAACACCUCGCGGAAGCUUCCAAACAGAGUCCGCAAUUAUGCUUUUGACACCGCGUACGAGCCUCGCAUUCUCGGAGAAUCCGACGCUAAGCUCACGUGCCGGCGUUAUUGUAUCGUGCGCACGCAGUUCAGCCCGCCGUUCAUCAACGGCUUCGGCAGCGGCGGCUUUCGCCGCAGCCACGGCGGGAUCUUCGAAUCCACCUGAACCAUCUCCGCCACAAGGUCCAACAGUGAAUAUGUCGCAACCGCCUUCACGGGUCGGCAGCCGACUUCCAUCGCAGGUAGGUGGCGACCUGAAGAUCCCCAAUUUAGGACCAAACGCCACUAAGGAACAGCUCAAUGCAUAUAUGCUGCACGCAAAGAGGGAGAGCAUGAUUUCUACCGCAGCAACCAUGAGAGUCCUCAACGUCCUACGUCACUGGGUGUCGAAACAUUCCCAGGACUUCGAAAACGAUGAACGAUUGCACCAAAUGACAACAGAGUUCCUCGAUGAGUUGGUGCACAACAUGAGCCUACUUCCAGCCGAACAUAAGGCUGCAGCUCAGCUACUACAAAUGAUGAACAAUACCAAAAAAGAUGAAAAUCAAGCCGAUGUCGAUCUGGAUAUCCUGCUCGCGCCUCAUAUGACGCCGAGCAAAGAGAACGUUGAAAGCCUCUCAGCCUUAGAAAUUGCCGAGGGAAUGACCUAUCUCGACCAUAAGAUAUUCAUCAAUAUUCGAAGCGAGGAAUUUCUUGGGCAGGCGUGGAUGAAGCCCGAGAAGGCCACGAAGGCCGGCCAUAUUUUGCUCAUGACGCGACGCUUUAACGACGUCAGUCGGUUGGUGGUUAGCGAGAUCAUGCGCUGCCCCGAGAUGUCAAAACGCGUUGCCAUCAUCGAGAAGUGGGCGGCGGUCGCUGAUAUUUGCCGCUGCUUGCAUAACCUAAACGGCGUGCUUCAGAUCUGUGCCGCCUUCAUGAAUUCAUCUGUAUUUCGCCUCAAGAAAACCUGGGAACGAGUAUCCAAGACUACAAAGCAAACCAUAGACAAACUCCAAACGCUCGUGUCGGCGGACGGGCGAUUCCGAAACAUGCGAGACGCUCUUCACCGUUGUGACCCGCCCUGUAUUCCUUAUUUAGGCAUGUACCUGACGGAUCUCUCAUUCAUCGAGGAAGGCACCCCGAACUUCACGGACGAAGGGCUGCUUAAUUUCUCAAAGAUGCGGAUGAUUGCUCACGUUAUUCGCGAAAUCCGACAUUUCCAGCAGACGCCAUACAAGAUCGAACAGAUACCGAAAGUGUUCAACUACUUGCUAGACCCAGGCAGACUAAUGCCCGACGAAGAACUAUACCGGCUCUCUCUUUGUCUUGAACCGCGGCUGUCUAGGUUAGGCACAAAAUUACCUACGACGUCGCAACCAUCCUCCACACAGAAUACGCAAUUCACGACGACGACCACCACCACGUACACAUCCUCCCUUUCGCCAACACAUCACCACAGCCACUGAGAGGUCCUGAAGGCCCGUUAGGACACGGACUAACAGACAAACUGCCACCCAUUGCAAAUAUUCGAAUGGGAGGACAGCCAGACCCCGGCUAGGUUUGACUAUGCUCUCGGAAAGACACAGAAUAUAUAAUACAUUGCCUAGUAUACAUAUAAUAAUGAAUGCUAUGAGUUAACUCUAUUUUUGCCAGCGUCGCAAUGUUCUAUUGACACCGUAACCAUAUAACCACAAAGUCAACUCGAGAAGCAUCUGUACACCAGUUCCACGCGUCGGCAAGCUGUUUCCCGCCUUGUCCUUACCAACGGCUCCUUAGUCAAUUUAAAUUUAGUCAGUUUAACACGUCACAUCUGUACGCCCGUGCGCGUGAAUACGCUACCACAUCAGCCACACAGGAGCCGCAACCGCUACAUGCCAAACGAACAAAAUCAUCAUCAAUCCCGACUUACUAAGUUACAUGGUAUUUCAGCCGUUGUCUACGGGUUAAGUUAAUCAGCUGAUUAUAAACAUAAGAAGUAUGUUCAUGUUUCAAUCAGCGUUCUUUAGUAAAGUAUGUGCCGUAUGCUUGGUUCGUCGCACCUGACUCUCAUGCAUCGUCCUAUAGCUGUUUCUGUCUCCCUAUAGCAAUCCAUACUACUACUAUACAACCAUUAUAUGAGCUGCUGCUAGAUAAAUCGUAGUGCUCUCUUGUAUGGAACAUAUGCGAUGCGUAACAGCAUGCUAGCUUCGUGCUUUCCGGGCUACCAGCCAGCUGUGCUUUGUUUCAGCGCCGUUGUCUCGGCCUCCCUCCGGCGUUGCGGACUCUUCACAUAAUAACCGCUUCUUACUGAACGAUAAGGACGCAAUUGACAACUACAUCGAAACAAAAGAAGAAAAACGGCUGAAUAAUAUCUGCUAUCGACUAGACACAUAUGCUUAGGUGCGCAUCAAGUCAUUAAAUAGCCAAUAUGACGAUUAAGUUCGGAGAGAGAUAGGGAAACGUAAAUAAAGGCUGUCUUUUGGGACUUUUAAAUGAUCACUAAUCGAUACAUGUUCGCGUAUCUGCACUUAAGCCAAAUUUUAAAGAUCUCUUCUAAAGCGCUCAAUAUCGGUAUAUCUCGGAUCAGUUUGAAGAGCCGCAGUCUCGUGCGAAGACGCCGCGUGACUAGGGCGUCUGCCCCUUGCCCUCCACAGUGCCGUGUAUAUUCACAUGGAAAUAAUUAUGUGACAAGUUAUCCUGAGUUUACAAACAACCCAAUCAGAUUUUUUCACAAACGCUAUAACCAGAUCAAGAAACAAUUGAAUUAGGUAACUAACGAUAAUUGGCCAUGCUAUGUAUCGACUACAGCUUUUUUAAAUGAAAUGAACUUCUCAGAUGGAUAAUUCCUUAUAACAAUGUUCGUUCUGUGUAAUUUAUCGAAUAUCUAAUGCGCUAAGCCGGUUACAUCUCUCACUGAAUUAGAGAUCAUCAAUUAUGAGGGUGUUUCGAAGUGAGAGAAAUAUCUGACUAAAUCUCUAGUUCUGAUAACGUAGUAGUCCAAUCUGAGACCGACUAUUUACCACACCCUUUGAGGCACAAUUUCGUCCAUUCUGGAAAGAAAGAACAAAAGUGGAUAGCCCUUAGCUUCCGGCAGGCGUUAGCGUCCGCCAAGUUAAACACCCUUUCCCCUUUGCCAUGGCGAGAUCGAACAUCGGCAAGAAGCAGGUGUAAAAGACAACGUACGGAGAAAAACUAGCAGAUCCUCGUGGCACAGCAGUGCUGCUUAACAGGUGAAUUACGACGCUUCUUAUAAAUAGCGUGCGUCGGUAUUACUUGCAAUCGGAAAUGAUCAACGCCAUUAUGGAAAUAUGGAGGUAAAGGUAAGCGGAAGAGAUCACCACAGUACAUUGUAGCACAUUUCUAGGUUUUAUAAUAAUGGCAACCUACAUAUAUAUAUACGAAGUAUUGAAGACUGUUUGGCUUCAGUCACACCGAUAACUUCAACAACAACAACAAUAAUAAUAUGCAGUUAAUAAACAAUCAAUGUUACAUGUAUGUAUCAGUAUUAAUGUAAACAACAAUCUCAUAAUGUGUUCAUGUGCAGCGGUAAUAACGGUCAGGCUCCGUUGAACAGGAAGCAGAUACACUAUACCACUAUUAUGUACACACAUGAUUCAAAUGAAAAAAACA